AUGUGCCGCCUGGAGGCCCUGGUUGUUGGCCAGCCCCUCACCUGGGCCGUGAGCGACUCCGCAGCGCGCCUGUUCUACCAGGGCCAGGCAGGGUACGCGAGCUGCGCCGAGUUGGACCAGGGCGUGGUCAGCACGAAGCUGGCGGCGAUGUAUCUUGAUGUGGCCGCGAACGGGGCGGCCUCACAGUACGCGAGGUUUGUCCACCCCUCAUUUGCCAGCACCGGCACGAGCGCCUACAGCCGUACCUCCAUGGAGAUCAGAGGUCCCCAGGGCAUGGACUUGAAAGCUCACAGGGUGUACAUCACCGAGGACGUUAUCCUAAAGGAUCUUGGACUCUCGUACGGCUUCCUCCGCUCGGCACUGCAGGCCGAGGAUGACCGAUUCCAGCCGUCUGGACCGCUGAGAGUGAGGCUCGCGUACGAGUCUGACGAGGACAACCGCAUGAUAAUGGGCGAUUUCAUGCUAGCAUUCAGCGCGGUGGCGAUCGUGUUUUUGAUCGUCUAUCUGCACGUCAACUCGGGCUUCCUGGCCUGUGUGACCAUGUACCAGAUCAUUUUGUCGCUGCCGGUGGGUGCCCUAUUGUACCGCCGCGUGCUCAUGAUCGACUUCUUCGAUUUCCUUCACAUGCUGGUCGUUUACCUGGUCCUCGGCAUCGGAGCGGACGACGUGUUCGUGCUCGUGGACUCGUUCCGCCACUUGUCGAGCGAGCUCCCCGCGAAGGACGGCGGCUCUUUCGGCGACUUGGAGCUCGCGAAGCUGCUGCAGCUCACCCUCGUUCGCAGCGGCCAGGCCAUAUUCAGCACGUCCUUCACCACCACUGUGGCAUUCCUCUCUCAGUCGGUGUCUGGGAUAAUGCCCAUGAGGACAUGCGGCUACUACGCGGCGGUCUGCAUCAUCUUGAAUUUUGUUUUCACGAUGCUUUUCACGCCGUCGGCCUUGAUCAUAUAUCACAAGCGUUUCGAGGGCAAGAGAUGCUGCUGCCCCUGGCCCACGGUGCGUCCAGAGGAGCUCCCGGCUGGUAAGGGGGCAGACUGCCAGACUCGCGCAGGGGCCCAGACUGGACUGCACGGGGGCAUCGACCAGUUUUUGGAGAGGCUCUACAUCCCCGCGAUGCGCAGGCAGUUUCGCGGCGUGCGCGUCUGCGCCCUGAGCGUUGUCGCAACAAUGCUCGCAACCACAGCCCAAGGCGUCUAUUUCACCCUGCAGCUGACGCCGCCGACGCAGGAGGAGGUCUGGGUCCCGCAGAACCACAUGCUCCUGGGCAUCUCAGAGUUCUGGUCCAAUCACUUCUACGAGGCCGACUUCGAGAAGUACUCCGUCAUCACGUUCACGUGGGGCAUCGAGGGAGCAGACACGACCAGCUUUGACCCGUACAGGCCGAGCAAGAACCCCCCGAGAGCCAGAUUCGACCCUGGGUUCGACAUCACCACUGCCGAGGCGCAGGCCGAGAUCCUCGGCGUCUGCGCAGAGAUGCAGGCCCUCCGGUGCGAGCUGGACGGCUGCCAGGGCUACGGGAACACCCUGAUGAUGAGCUCCGGCACCAAGGCGUACUCCUGCUUCCUCGAGGACCUGCAGCACUACCGCGUGGACGUGCUCGGCAGGCCGCCGAGCGAGGCCCUGCCCACGGGCAGCGCCUUCGUGGCAGAGCUCCGGCAGUUCGUGCAGGCGGACCCGUCGUCGCAGUAUUCCUCGAAGGUGUGCCCAGCUGAGUACGCGUACGACGUGGGGUUCAUUGACGGGCAGCUGAAGUACGUUUCCGUCAAGUUGCGGUCGCGUUUGGCUCUCGUUACGCCGCACUCGGUGGGCGUAGAUGUCCGUGACAUGAUCCAGGAGUUCGUUCAAGGGAGGCAGGGCGCUGCGCCCAGUGGGCUAAAGAGCAUGAGUUUCAACGCUGGCGGUGUGUUUGCCGUUUAUGACCUAUCUGAAGAGCUUGUGAUGGGCUUGCUCACUGGCAUCUCCAUCGCGUUCCCACUUGCGUUCCUCGUGUUGCUGGCUUCAACUCGUAACUUCAUCGUUUCCAUGUACGCAGUGUUCUGCGUGGCUGGUAUCGUGGCAUGCGUCCUGGGCUUCUGCAAGAGCGCCAUGGGUUGGGAUCUUGGUGUCGGCGAAGCAAUUGCAGGUGUCAUCGUUAUCGGCUACUCGGUGGACUACGUGGUUCACCUCGCGCACAUUUAUUGUGAAGCUUCAGAGCAGGGGCACCAGACCAGAGAUGCGCGAGCCACCUUCGCGGUGCGGAACAUGGGCUCCACUAUAUUUGCUGGCGCGCUGACGACGGCUGGCUCGGGGCUCGUCAUGUUCUUCUGUUAUUUUACAUUUUUCUACAAGAUGGCAACGCUGAUUUGUGUCACGAUCAUGUACUCGUUCCUCUUUGCCAUGGGGCUCUUCACCAGCCUUCUGUGGCUUGUAGGGCCCCAGGGAACAAGCGGCAACCUCCGCUGUUACCGCGCUAAG